UCCUUCCAGCCCUUUUUGAAGUCCAGCUGGAGAACCAGGAAGUCAGUGAAGGGGAGACAAUCACUCUUGCCACAGUGCUCACUAAACCCAACGUGCCUGUCCAGUGGACAAAAGACUCUACCAAACUGCGGCCAAGUCACAAGUAUGAGAUGAGGCAAAAGGCAUCCUCUGCUGAGUUGGUCAUCCAUGAUGCCCAGCUGGAAGAUUCCGGCAAUUAUACCUGUGACACUGGGGAUCAGCAAACCACAGCAUCUGUGCUUGUCAAAGCUUUGCCAGUACUUUUCAUCAAGCUGCUUGAAAAUCAGGAGGCGGAAGAGGGCAACACUGUCACCUUGAGCUGUGAAACCUCUAGAAGGGAUGCCACUGUGCAGUGGAAAAAGCAAGGAUCACUGCUACAUUCUGGAGACAAGUACAAAUUGAAGCAAGUGGGUGCUGUGGCAGAACUGACUAUUUGCAAGCUAAAUUCUGAAGAUGCUGGGGACUACACCUGUGAAACCGUGGACCACAAGACCACUGCUUCUCUGCUGGUGAAAGAAGCACCGGCCACCAUAGAAGAAGCAUUGAAAGAUCUCACCCUUCCUGAAGGAAAGGAUGCUGUGUUUCACUGUGUAGUUUCUCGGGAGAAAGCAAAAGAUGUGCAGUGGAGUUUGGCAGGUGUGCCUCUCCAAUCCAAUGAAAUGAACGAUAUUGGAGUUCAAGGGAAAUCUCACACUCUCGUUCUCCGAAAAGUCACCCUUGAAGACUCUGGCACCAUCAGUUUCCAAGUUGGUCAGAAUUCAACUGAGGCUCAAUUGUUGGUGCAAGCUGCACCAAUAAUUUUCCUAAAAGAGCUGGAGAAUGUAGAAGUAGCUGAAGAUGGCAUGGCAACCUUCCACUGUGAGCUUUCCAAACCUGGUAUCCCAGUGGAGUGGAGAAAGGGAUCAUCCAUAAUCCAGCCCAGCCAGAAGUUUGAAGUCAAGGUAGAAGGCAUUGUCUACAUUUUGAUCAUCCAUGAUGUAAUCCCUGAAGACUCAGGAGAAUAUAGCUGUAGUGCAGCUGACAAGAAAACCACCGCCAGGCUUAAAGUUAAAGCUCUCCCUGUGCUCUUCAGACGGGAUCUGCAAAACAAGGAGGUUGAAGUAGGAAACACGGCGUCUUUGUGCUGCGAGUUGUCCAAGCCCAUGGCUCCUGUGGUGUGGAAGAAAGGGAGCGUGAAGCUUCAGUCUAGUGAGAAAUAUGAGAUCAGACAAGAAGGGAACUUUGUGGAGCUUCUCAUUUAUGACCUGGAAGUUCAGGAUGAGGGGGACUAUACCUGUGAUUCAGGAGACCAGCAGACAACAGCUACAGUGAAGGUCAAAGUGUUGCCUGUACUCUUUGAAGAAGAGUUGCAAAACGUGGAGUCAGAAACUGGGGGGAAGGCUGUCUUGCGUGGCAAGAUCUCGAGUCCUGAUGCUCCUAUUGAGUGGCGGAAAGGGUCCCACGUUCUGCAGCCCAGCACCAAGUAUGAGAUGAAGCAGAGAGGCACCACGGUUGAGCUGAUCAUCCAUGAUGUGGAACCUGAGGAUUGCGGUUCCUACACUUGCAGUACUGGGGAUGAGCUGUCCACAGGAUCCGUUUAUGUACAAGAAGAGGAAAUGCAGAUAAUUUCUGGUUUAAAGAACACGGAUGUUUUUGCUGGUGAAUCAGCUUCUUUUACCUGCAAGCUUUCCCGGUCCGGAAUGCAAAAUGUACAAUGGUGGUUGGACGGCUCCCCUCUUCACAACAGCCCUACAAAUGAAAUCUCUGUGCAGAAUGGGAGAAUUCACACUCUGACUUUAAAAGACUUGGGUCCCAAUGAUUCAGGAACUGUGACCUUCCGGGCAGGCCCUCUCAUAUCUUCGGCUAAAUUAUUAAUAAAAGAUCCAACAAUCGAGGUGGUCAGUCCCAUGCAGGACAUAACUCUUGAGGAAGACGACACAGCAGAAUUCAUCUGCCAGUAUUCUCGGCCAGUACAGGCCAUCUGGAAGAAGAAUGACCAGCCGUUUGGGGCAGAUGGCCAGAGAGUUGUGAUUGAGCAGGACUGGAACGUGGCCAAACUGAAAAUUAAGCCCGCUCUUCCUGGGGACACUGGGAUUUAUUCUUGUGAAGCUGGAGGCACCAAAGUAGUGGCCAUGCUUGAUGUUCAAGCCAAGAACACAGUCAUUCAGGGCCUGGAGAAUGUUGAUGCCAUGGAAGGAGGAGAAGCUCUAUUUGAGUGCUAUCUUUCCAAACCAGAAUGCUACAAUUAUAACUGGCUGAUCGAUGAUGUGCCGGCAAAAACUUCUGAAAAUGUUGAGAUGGUUUAUUUUGAAAACGGACUCCGUCAUCUUCUUCUUCUGAAGAACCUCAAAGUUCAGGACAGCUGCAGGGUGACUUUCCAGGCUAGUGAUGUGGUGACAUCAGCUUUCUUGACUGUAAAAGGAUGGCGGUUGGAAUUUUUGCAGCCACUGACAGAUGUCACAGUCCCCGUUGGGGAGCAAGCUGUCUUCAGCUGUGUGUUAAGUGAAGCUGUACCUAUCCAUGAGAUUGCUUGGUAUAUUAAUGACAUAGAUAUCCAACCAGAUGAAAAUUGGGGAAUUGAAGUAGAAGGAAAUACAUACAAACUCAUACUGAAGAAAGCUGAGCUCUGCCACUGUGGAGAGAUAACAUUUGCUGCCAGAGAUGCUAUUGUAUCUGCCAAACUAACAGUCCUAGAACCUGUUGCAGUCACUCGACCUUUGGUUGACAAGUCUGUUACAGAAGGAGAGAAGGCCAACUUACAGUGUGAAUUGUCCAUUGAGGCCCAAGAGGUGGUUUGGGUCAAAGAGAAAGAACCAAUCCAACUUGGAGGAAGAUAUGAAAUCAUCUCUGAAGGCAAAAAACAGACACUCAUCAUACAUGAUUUUAAACCUGAAGAUCAAGGAACAUACACCUGCAUAGCCUCUCCUGAAAUCAAAACAUCUGCAAAUCUUUCUUUUGACAUUUCCACAGUGUCAAUGCUAAAAGAGGCUGCCGAGGAAGCACCAACUGCAGAGGAGCCAAGCAAGGAAGCUGACGAAGAGGUCCAACCCAGCUUGCCUCCAGAAGCAGCUCAGGAAGGUGACCUCCACCUUUUGUGGGAAGCUCUGGCCAAGAAGCGGAGGAUGAGUCGGGAGCCAACCCUGGAUUCGAUCAGCGAGCUGCCCGAAGAAGAUGACAAACUUCAGAAACGGAAGAAAGAGGAAGCUGAGGUAACCCAGUACUACUCAGAGGAAUAUUCUACUUGUGAUGAAUCAGCAAAAGCUGGAGAAGCAGACUUUUCUAUUACAAGUUCAGAUGAUGAAUCCAGGGCUGGAACACCUUCCUUAAUCAACUACCUUAAGAAGGCUGGGUCAUCUACUGUUAGCAUCAGUACCAAAGCCCAGACCUCUGUAGAGAAAGUCCCUCGAGAGCGGGAGAAGGCAGGUAGUGAGCCACCUCCUCCUGCUAAGCCAUCUGAAAUGGAGAUAGCCGAAGGAGAGUUGGAUGACCCUUCCAUGUCUCAAGCUGCUGUGAAAAUUCAAGCUGCUUUCAAAGGGUACAAAGUGAGGAAGGAAAUCAAGCAGCAAGAACGCCCCGUCUUUACUGAGACCUUCAAGGAUUUCACUGGCAAGGCAGAAGACACCCUCCAUCUGGAAUGUGUGGCCCACAGCAAAACUGAUAUGAAGGUCAGUUGGCUGAAAGAUGGGAGUGAAAUUCUGGAUGGGCGGCAUUAUCAUAUAGACAAUUACAAUGAUGGAACCUGCUCCUUGAUCAUUGCUGGCCUUGAAAUGAAUGACACGGGCAAGUAUACCUGUGAAGCAUCCAAUAAAUUUGGCAAGGUCUCCCACAGUGCCAAGGUGACCAUCCAACCCCAAGCAACAUCCCGCAAGCAAAAACUUGCCCAGAAGCUUCCUGAGAGCGAAUCAGAAAGCUCAUCUGGCAGUGAGUUGGAUGAUGCCUUCCGUAAAGCUGGAAGGAGACUACACAAGCUGUUUAAGUCAAAAAUUUCUACAGAGAUCUCUGAUGUGGAAGAGGAACUUUUUGUCAGUGCUGAUGAGGGAGAGAUAGAGGCAGUGGAUCAUCAGACCUACCGUGAAGAUGAAUGCUACAUCUAUAUCAAGUUUGAAGUUCACUCUGAGGCCAAAACAGCUGCUGGACGAUUUCGGGAGAUGUUUGCUGCUAUGGGCAUUCCUGUUGAGAUUGAGAUUUUGGACCAGGGUCCUAAAAAAAUAGAAUUGCGUAUUGGGAAAGCCACCUCACCUUCUCCAGGACAAUUGCGGACUUUGGUUCAACGACCACCACCUCCUUUGCUAACAUCUGAUACUGCUCCUAUCUUCAUAACUGAGCUUCAGAACCAAGAGGUACAGGAUGGUUACCCAGUCAGUUUUGACUGUGUUGUUAUUGGCAAGCCAAUGCCUACCGUUCGGUGGUUUAAGGAUGGCCGAGUUAUUGAAGAGGAUGACCACUACAUGAUCAAUGAGGAUCAGGAAGGAUGCCAUCAGCUGAUCAUCACUGCUGUGGUCCCUCUUGACAUGGGUGUCUACCGCUGCCUGGCUGAAAACAGCAUGGGGGUGUCUUCAACAAAAGCUGAGCUACGAGUGGACUUAACCAGCACAGACUAUGAUACAGCAGGAGAUGCAACAGAGACCUCAUCAUACUACAGUGCCAAAGGUUAUCUCUCCAGCCGGGAACAAGAAGGAGUGGAAUCCACAACAGAAGAGGAACAGCUGCCACAAAUCAUGGAUGAACUUCAUGAUAUUCAUGUAGCUCCUGGAGCUCCUGUAGCCAAAUUCCAUUUAAAGGUGAAAGGUUUCCCAGAGCCACGUCUCUAUUGGUUCAAAGAUGGUCAACCGUUACAUACAACCGAUCGACUCCGAAAGACAGACACCCGAAAGUUUCAUGCUCUUGAAAUUCUCAAUGUCAUCAAGGAGGAUGAUGGCCAGUACUCAGUAUUUAUCACCAAUUCUGCUGGUUCUGCAUAUUCAGCAGCCAGACUCCUGGUCACAGGAGCUGGUGAGGAUGGAAAAGCAGAAACAGACAUUCAUGAACAGCUAGUGCCACCAAGAUUCCUGGAAAGAUUUACCAACAAGAAAGUGAGAAGAGGUGUCAGCAUCACCCUUUCUGUGAAAGUGGAAGGGACUCCACCACCCUCAGUAACAUGGUUGAAGGAAGAAUCCCAUGGAGAAGACAUCCUCUGGAUCAAGUCAGACACUCCAGGUUAUAAAUUGGCUAGUUCCAACAUGCAUCAUAGUCUCAUCUUAUUGGACGUGGAAAAGACAUAUAGUGGAAACUACACUUGCAUUGCCUCCAAUCAGGCUGGUCAGUCUAUCUGCAGUGCCUCACUAGAAGUUUUGGAUGUGAAAGAGGCUGAAUCUCUGACUCAGGAGCGCGUGAUGGUAACAGAGGCCAUCAUGACAUCAGUUGGGUAUGAAGACAGCAAAGAAAGAAAAGACCAUGGAGCCAGAGGGGUUAUUGCUCAAGCUCUUGAAGCUGGAAAAGGGGAACAUAUGGAAGGUGAAACAGUUCAGAGCCACAUUUCUCUUGGUGAAGUGGGGACUGAGGAAUUUCUCCAGAAACUGACAUCACAGAUCACAGAAAUGGUGUCUGCAAAGAUAGGUCAAGCUUCCCUUCGAGUUCCUGGAGCUGAUAGUGAUGAUGAAUCAAAAACACCAUCAGCAUCUCCACGGUACGGCAGAUCCAGGCCUUCCUCGACUGCUCAAGAAUCUUCCUCUGAAUCCGAUGAAGGAGAUGCAAGGGGAGAGAUUUUUGACAUCUACAUGGUCAUUGCUGACUACACCCCAAUGGGUGCUGACUGUGAAACCAUCACUCUGAAAGAAGGACAAUAUGUGGAGGUCCUUGACUCUGCUCAUCCCCUGAAGUGGUUGGUUAGGACCAAACCCACCAAAUCAAGCCCAUCCAGACAAGGCUGGGUUUCUCCAGCCUACUUGGAUAAGAAGUUAAAGCUCUCUGCUGAGUGGGGUAUCCCAGAAGUUCCAGAAUUCCCUGGAGAAUCUCUUUCUGAAGAUGAAUAUAGAAAGAAAUUAAGCCUUAUCACUCAAGACUUGCUGGGCACAGAGGAGGAUUUUGUCAAGGAUUUGCAGUUCCUCCAAACCCACCACAUCCAGUUCACGGAGACUUGCCCUGUCGUCCCUACUGCUGUUUCCAGCCAGAAGCUCAUUAUUUUCAGAAAUAUUACUGACAUAGCGCACUUUCAUUCCAACACCUUUUUCCCGGAGCUUCAGAAGUGUGACACUGAUGACGAUGUGGCCAUGUGUUUCAUUAAACAUGAAGGAGAAUUUGACAAAUACAUCCCAUUCUUGGUGGGCCGCGUUCAAGCCGAGUCUAUUGUGGUCAGCAAAGCAGUUCAGGAGUUUUAUAAGCGAUACAUAGAGGGAACAUUAGCCAGUGAGGAUCCUUCUCAGCCACCGAUACUUCCUCUGCAACACUAUCUAGAGAGACCAAUAAUCCGGAUCCAGAAAUAUCAAACAGCAAUCAAGGAGAUGAUCCGAAACAAAGCAAGGAAUACUCAAAACUGUGCCCUUCUGGAACAGGCUUAUGCAAUUGUUUCUGCGCUCAACAGACGAGCAGAAAACAACCUUCACAUCUCUCUCAUAGAGAACUACCCAGGAACUCUGGAAAUAUUAGGGGAGCCCAUCCGCCAGGGACAAUUCAUCGUAUGGGAAGGAGCUCCAGGGGCCCGCAUGGCUUGGAAGGGUCACAAGCGACACAUGUUUCUCUUCAAGAGUUACCUUCUUGUGUGCAAGCCAAAGCGAGACACUAAGACAGAUGCUUACAGCUACAUCUUCAAGAACAUGAUGAAGCUAUCACACAUCGAUGUUAAUGAUCUGGUUGAAGGAGAUGACCGGGCGUUUGAGAUUUGGCACGAACGGGAAGAUUCAGUCCGAAAGUACCUCUUCCAAGCUAGGACCGUCAUCAUCAAAAACUCAUGGGUGAAGGAAAUCUGUAAUAUCCAGCAACGUAUCAGUCUCCCUGUAUGGGAUCCACCAGAUUUUGAGGAGGAACUGGCUGACUGUACAGCUGAGCUGGGUGAAACUGUCAAGUUAGCUUGCCGAGUCACAGGAACCCCCAAACCAGGUGUCACCUGGUAUAAAGAUGGGAAGCCAGUAGAAGUGGAUCCUCAUCACAUCAUCAUUGAAGAUCCAGAUGGUUCUUGUACUUUGAUUCUUGACAACCUGACCGGAGUUGAUUCAGGGCAAUAUUUGUGCUAUGCUGCUAGUCCAGCAGGCAGUGCCAGCACCCUUGGGAAAAUUCUUGUUCAAGUGCCUCCCAGGUUUCUGAACAAGAUGAAGCACACCUAUUAUGCUGAUGGUGAAGACACACAGUUUACAUGCACUAUUGAAGGGGCACCUUACCCACAAAUCAGGUGGUAUAAAGAUGGGAAUCUCCUCACCGAUCCAAACAAACACCAGAGCUUUAGUGAGCCACGAAGUGGCGUCAUUGUCCUGGUUAUCAAAAGCGCCUGCAAGGAUGAUGAAGGUUUCUAUGAGUGUGAGUUGAUAAACAGGUUAGGGACCGCAAAGGGUGGUGCUCACCUUUACCACCAGAGUGCAGCAGCCUUGGCUCAAGAGAAGAGACCAGAGCAAGCCAUUACAAUUGAAGUCACUGAACAAGAAACUAAGGUGCCCAAGAAAACCAUCAUCAUAGAGGAAACAAUCACCACGGUCGUGAAAAACCCGAGGACAAAGCAAAAGGUAUCGCCUGCCCGUCCAUCUACAGGCUAUGCUCCUUCUCGCUCUCCAGGAUCAGAGUUUGCAACAUCUGAGCCAAUUUAUGUGAGCAAGAUUAGGCAACCUGGUCCCAGGCAUGACACUGAGGCAAUGGGGAAGGCUGCUAUUCCUACUCUUUUUGUGACUGACCCUGAAGAGAGGCAAGGGGUGGCAGCCCGGAGUAUCACUGUAGAAACCACCCUGGAAGAACAGCAGCCUAAAUGGGUUGAAGUGGAAGAAAUAAUUGAAUUCAAUGUUAAGAAGCCAACCCAGAUUCCAAGGAAGAGAGGUGCAUCUCCUGUGAGAUCAGAAAAGGAUGAAUUUGCAUCAGGUUAUGCUCGGCCUGGCACGAGACCCAAGCAUUCUUCUGAAGAUGAUCCAAACACGAAUAAUUCAAAUAAUAAAGAAGUUGAGCAGGCUGAAUCUUCUAUGUCCCAAGGUGUUGAAGCUUCUGGAGAUAACUACAAAGGAGGACCAGCGGGCAACAAAAAGGAAAGCUAUUCUGUGGAGCUAGAAGGAAGGACACAUCUUCAUGAAUCCAGCAGCCAGACUGACUCAUCUGAGGCUUCCUGUGUGAGUGAAACAUUUGAAACAUCUGGGAUGGGCAUUCGGCUCGACCAUGUUGAGGAUUAUGCUGUUGAGGACUCCUUAGCCUCUGCACAAGAUGAGGCCCUUCCAGAGAAAAAAAUUAUAAUAGAUGAACCAGAUCAGGGAGAACUAUCUGAUCUUGGGAACCGAGAAGUCAAAAUCCUUACUCGUAAUGGGAAAGCAUUAACUUUAGAGGACCUUGAAGAUUAUGUCCCUGAAGAAGGAGAGACAUACAAAUGUGGCCGUCUUAAUUCUGAAGAAGAUAAACCUUAUGAAAUAGCUGUUCUUCAGACUGAAAUAAACAAACCCACCAUUGGGAAGCCAGUAUUACUGAAUGUUGGAAGACCUGUGGUUUCUAAGCCCAGGCAAACCUUUUUUAGCAAAUUUGAAGGGCAUCACCCUGGCGGUAUCUUUAUGUCAGCAUCCAGAGUGACUGAAAUGCAGCCUAGGGAUCCCUCUAACGUUUCUUUCCAUAUUGGUGAGUCUCAUAGAACAGCAGCAGCAACACCAGCUACACAUACUUUUACUGGGGCUUCAUUCAAACUGACACCAUCUUUCUGUACAGAAGUCCAGUUAUCCACAGACAGCAGACCAUCCAAUUUCAAAACAGAGGUUUCCACCCGAAGCUACAGCACAGUUGGAGAAACGGUCACGUUUUGCAUCAAGAAGGAUGAUCCUUCCCAAAGUUAAUGAGAAAUUAAUUCAAGAUCUCUUAACCUCUAUAAACUAUUUAAAAAACAAGCAAAUGUUACCAUCGUUAUAAGCAACACCAGCGCCUUUAUGGGAGGAAAAUGGAGAGGAGAAUCAUAAUGAAGAACCUAAAAUAAAAAAUCCAAGAAAAUAAUGUACAAUAAAAUUAGAGAUGGAUCUUUUGCAAUCCUAAAGGGAACACUUCUGUCAGUUCAGCAUAUAGAAUGUAAUCUUUGAUUUGUAUUUUUUUUAUAAAAAAGCACACCAUUCCAUUGUAAGGCAUUGAGGUGCAGGUAAGGUAGAUCUAGAGCAUAAUUAGUGAGACGAGAUCUAAAUAAUUGUCAUUUUCCCUUAAAAUGGUGAUUUGAAACUGCCAAAUAUUUUUAACCUUACAAAAAGACAAUCAGUUUUUGUCAGUGCCUUCUAACAGUAACAAUUCUAACAAUUUCUUCUUCAACUCCAUACAUAUUUAAUGAUACAUAAUCUAGAGUAGGAGUCACAAGAGUUAUUUCUCUGAAUCCAUCUUAAUCCCACUGACAGAAGUGAUACUACCAUGGCUUAAAUACAGACAAUAAACCCAUUUAAGGGGCUUCUGGAUUGUAUUUUGAUAAUUUCUUGGCAAUUCCAAAAUACCAGGGUUUGUGCCAAAGUGUUGGUAGAAUACUUUGUUCUCUCCAAUACUUCUUUAUAUUCUUCCUUUAUUAAAAUGAAAAUUGCCAUGGAUAAAUACAUUUUUUUUUAAUGAGCUCCUAGCUGGUUAUCACAAACAAUGAUUAUUUGUGAUAAUCAUUUAGUUUGCAAUCUUUCUGCAUUGUCCUUAAAAUACCAUCCAGUUGGGCAAUUUCUUAACAUAGAUAAAACAAUACCAAACCAUUUGAAUUUACGGAUGAGAUUAAAUGCAUCGAUGGAUACUUCUUCAUUAUUCAUACAUAAUUGAUGCAUUAGGCUCUUUAUCUGGAGCAUAAAUGGAGAAUGUAACAUUACUAAGGAGCAUUCUGAAGGGACCUUGCUAAGAAGAUCUUCUCCAGCCAAAGACGGGUUCCUUCUGAAUUUUGUCCAACAUUUGUUAUUCUCAUUAUGGCAUGAAUGUUUGCCUAUUUAGGUUUGCCAUUGGGAUGACAAUGACAAACCAAUGACAAUAUUCACAAGGAUGGUGUAGUGCAUCCUGCAGUGUGCAGGGGGUUGAACUUGAUGACCUCUUAGGUCUCUUUCAACUCUAUUCAAGCAGAAGCCAUAUAUGGAAAUCAUGCUAAGUACCUUAAAUAUUCAAAUUUUUAUGUAAUGGCCAUUCAGGAGUAAUUACCCCUCUUCAUGUGUCCUGUGGAACAUUUAUUCCCCUCUGAAUAAGGAAGAGACAAACGUUCCUCUUUUUGAACAAAUUCCACUCGUUUUAUCUUACAUGCUGUUUUCAACAGCUGUGAAAUUACAAUGAAUGAAGAUCUCCAACCUGCAAUGUUAAUGCAGACAAGCCCCCCCCCGCUCCCCAAAAUCAAAUCUGGACAUGAAGAGCUGCUUUGAAACAUUACAAGUCUGUUCUCUGAAUAAUACAAAAUAAUAAAAUUAUUAUUACUUGCAUGUGGCUUUGUUUCCUUAAGUUCCCCAAGUAGCUACAGUGCAAAACAUUAUCAAGGCAUCGUCUAAAAACAGCUUUAAAGAUAAUCCACGUAAAUUUUCAUUUUAAGAGUAGCAUUUGAGCUGUGCAGCCAAAUGUCGAUUCCAUUAUUUUCAUGAACUAAACAUCACACCAUCAGGUAUUGUAAAAGGCUGGGCAUUUGUACUUGUGAUCUUGGGCAAACUUCAUUUAAACAAUCCCAUUCAUUUUUCAUAAAUCCUCUAGAUUAUUCUGUACGUGGUUAUAUAAUGGUGUGUCUUGCCCUGUACAUUUUUAAAUUUGAUAGUUACCGAUAUUUUAAGAUAUGCAACCACCUCUUCGCUGAAGAUUAUUUGAUCAGUUGGCCCACGAUUAGAAACACAAAACACUGGACUUUGUAAAAACACAGAAUUUUUAAGGAAGCUCUAUAAACAGAUGAAGAAACGUUCAUUUAUUUGAUUUUGCUGAGCAAUAGCUAACAAGGCAACUGCUUCUUGAAAGAAAUAUUUAAAUUUCUCUUGAUCGAUUAAUACUUUGCACUGUCAACAACUAGAUAUUUGGUACUUAAAAGAAGAAAAAAGAAACAACAUUUUGAAAUGUUAUGGUACGUCCUAGGAAAAAUCUCUUCCUAGAGUUUAAAAAAGCAUAUGGUAUGUGAUUUACAAUCUGUAGAUAAAUGUUGGGGUUUCUUAUAAAAGGAAACAAGAUCUUGUAUUGCAAUAACCUUAGUGUAAAUGAACCAGCUUGAUUAGAUAUUCUUGUGGGAAAGGAGGUAUAGUCAAAGUAGAGAACAGAUUGUUUCAGAGACUAAACAAAUUCAAGAUAAAAUGCAAAUUGGAACCAUGCUCUUAGACACUCAAUUUUCUAUCAAUAAACAACCAAUACCAUCAUA